CGUCUUCCACCUUGCCCUCUCCCCCCUCUCUCUCCUUUCCUCCGUGAGUUGCGUCUCCUCCUCUCCUCCCCUUUCUUCCCCACCCAAUCCAAUCCCUUCCUCCUCGCCUCCCCUCCCCGCCCCGACGACGCUGGCUUCCAAUCCAAUCUCCGAUUGCUCCCGAAUGCCUCCGCCCAGCCGCGGCCCCAGUCCCGCCCUAAUCCCCACCCCGUCCCCUCCGCAUUAGCCAAUUCUAUCAAUCUAUCCCCGCUUGCGGAUUAUUAGAGCGGACGGAGGGUUAGGGCACCAGCAUCCCAGGCCGCGCAUGGACGAGUACCACCACCACCGCAUGGGCGCCGCCGCCGACUUCCGCCGCGACCUCGAGGACCUCGUCUGCGACCACCUCGGCGGUUGCUUCUCCCCGGCCCCAUCCUCCUCAUCCUCCUGCUCCGCCGCCGCCGGGGGAGGGGGCGGGGGCGGGGGCCAUGAGCCCGACGAGGCCGAGUCCUCCGCCGCGCGGAGGCGGAGGCGGGAGUCGCGCCUGCUCAGCCGCUGGGUCGCUCGCCAGGCCGAGGAGGUGCUCUCCUCCAUGGAGCGCGAGGUCGAGCGCCGCAACCGCGAGGCCGAGCUCCUCGCGCUCGCGCGCCUCCACCCGGUCUCCACCCUCGACCCCUCCUCCUUCCUCCUCUCCGAGCCCGCCACGCCGCCGCCGCGCCCGCAGGCGCCCUCGCCCACCGCGCCGCCCUCGCUCCUGCAGAUGUGGCGCGAGCUCGAGCAUCGCCGUGCCGACGCCCACCAGCCAUUUGACCGCGAGCCCUCCGCGGACACCGCCGACCGUGACCGCGUGCGCCAGAUCGCGCGCCGCCUCACCGACCCCGCCCGCGGUACAACUGCCGCAGCCGCCAAUGGGGAGUGGCUCGGCGAGACGGAGAGGCAGAGGGUCAGGCUCGUAAGAGAGUGGGUGCAGAUGGCCAGCCAACCGCGAGACUCCCGUGCAGCCUCGCGCAGGGAUGAGCCUGGCGCCGGGGACAGGGACAGGCGAGGGGAGCCGCCUCGGCUGCGCGGCCGACAGGCGCGCUUGGAUGUCAUCACCCGGCUGGCCAGGGAGCGCCAGCGUGAGCUGCAGGGGAUAUCAGGCUACCAUGUCGUGUCGGAGUUCCCUCGCCGCAGCCGCAACCGCAUCCAGGGAUUGCUUAGAGGGAGGUUCUUGAGGAAUGGGGCGCUUCCGGUUGAAGAGGAGCGACCACUGUCUGUGGCAGCGAGAGAGCUCGGGCAAUUGAGGCAGAGCCAUCGUACGCCCACCUUAAGAUCAGAGAGUGUUGUAAGUAGUCAAGAUGUUAGCCAGUCUGAUGCUUCUGUGCCUGAAAGUGGUAGAUUACUAGGUAAUGAUGAAACCCAACGAGGGGCUGAGUCCAGAGCUUUUACUGAUAGUGAGGAUUCAGCCCAAGCUGUGCUGGAGAAUGUGGAUUUACAAGAGGUGGAUGCAGAUCGUGCUGAGGUACACUCUCCGAGUAUACCAUUGGAUGACACGGUUGUGGUGCAAGAGUCUCUUACUCAAGGUGACAAUAUGAGGCAAGAUGAGACAGAAGAUGGCACGGGAUUCUGGCAGUCAUCUUUGGAUGGCAGUCUUGAUAGAUGGCCCAAUGAGAUUGAAGAGGUUGCUGACAGAAAUUGGGGAGGUAAUGCACAAGAUUUACACAGUGAAACUGUGGAGGAUGACGAUAGGGAGCAUGAUCAUCUCCAAGAGGAGCAUGAUGACUGGCACGAUGAUGAGUCUCAUGGUACCGUGGAAAACUGGCAAGACGAUUACCAAGAUUCCACACUUGAUACAGGUCCUAUCCCUAGGACCGAAAAUAGAUUUAUCCCACCUGAUGAUGACAAUGUGUACAGCAUGGAACUUAGAGAAUUACUUAGCAGGCGAAGUGUAUCCAAUCUUCUGAGUAAUGGCUUCGGUGAAAGUUUGGAGCAAUUAAUAAGGUCAUAUGUUCAGCGGCGUGGUCAUGGUCCCCUCGACUGGAAUCUGGAUGGAGCUAUGCCCCCUUCUAAUUCGCCAAAUGAAAACCAGGAACAAGAAAGGAACACUGAAACUCGGCAAUUCCAGGGUCCUGUCAACAGACCUGGCCUCGUUAUUCCUCCUCCGCCUUUGCCACCGCGACAACCAUUAUGGCACAGAGAGCUGCGUCAUAACAAUUGGAGCAGCAGACACAGGGUACACCAUGCAGAUCCCGAAUGGGAUGCUAUUAAUGAUUUGAGAACUGACAUGGGUAGACUUCAGCAAGGGAUGAGCAACAUGCAGAGGAUGCUGGAGGCGUGCAUGGACAUGCAGCUGGAAUUGCAACGUUCAGUGAGACAAGAAGUAUCAGCGGCCUUGAAUCGAUUUGCGGGCGCUGAAGGAUUCUCGAUGGAUCUAUCUGACGAUGGAUCGAAAUGGAAUCAGGUGAGGAAGGGAACCUGCUGCGUAUGCUGCGAUACGCAAAUCGAUUCUCUACUGUACAGGUGUGGGCACAUGUGUACUUGCUCCAAAUGUGCAAAUGAGCUAGUGCGGAGCGGUGGCAAGUGCCCUCUUUGCCGGGCCCCGAUCGUGGAGGUGGUCCGUGCAUACUCGGUAAUGUAAAGUGGUGGAGUGGGAGUACAUUACUUGAUUACGGUAGGAAAGGGAAAUAAGUUAACGGCAAGUGAAGUUUUGUUGCAAGUCAAGAAGCUUGUUCAGGGAAAUGGGACAGAAAAAAGAAGAGGUCUCGUUUUUCUCUCUUGUAUUUCUUCGUGUAUCUUCUCUACAGGGGUGGGGGUGGGGGUGGUGCAUAUUCCUUGCCUUGCUGUUUGCGGACACGAGAAGGGGGCGUGCCAUUGAUUCUUGAAAGAGCUUACGUUGGGAAGGGAAGAUGUCCUGGUGUAAGUUGUUUCGCUAGCUGUAUAUUCUUUCUUUCCUUUACACACACACACACACACACACACUCACUGAUCCUCGACUGAACCGAACACCAGCAAUGGAAUGAAUGAAUGAUGUAUGCUCA